CUGAAAACUGAAAACUGAAAAACAAAGUAUUUAGACACAUAAAUCCAGACUGCUACAGGCACAAUCUUGAAAACAAUGUUGUGUUACACAAGUAAACCCAGUUUUGCAAGUAAAAAUAGCCCUUUAUUGUCAUUGUCAUUGUACAAGGAAAUUGUACAUGUACAAUGACUUGUUUGCUUUCUCACCAUUAUUUUUAUCCAUCAUUUGAUGUUUAGCUAACGGUGUUACACUCUUGCUUUUUCCAACACUAGCUUUUCCAAUAGCUAUCUUCUGGAGGAACUUCAUCACAGAUUGAGCUUGAGGUGGGAUGGAAAGUGGGAUGGGGCUUAUCCUCGUGGUGCUAACAAUCUGCGGGAGCAUCUGUAUUGCUUUGACCAUCGUGGUUAUCUGUGGUGUGUGUUUUUCAUUGCGAUGGGAUCAGGCUCCUGUCACAUAUUACACAAGCCUCCUUGUCUUCAAUCUAUUCCAGUUCCCAUUUGUAAUGGCCAUGAAGAUCAGCGAUACAUCCUUCAGUAUUCCUCUUGUCAUUUAUCUCGCUGGUUUGAUGGUCACUCUUUACUCCAAGAUGUGCAUUGCUCUGGAAAGGUAUUUUUUCAUCGCAUUCCCGCUGCUGAACUACAUCAGGCAACCUAAAGGUUCUGUGCUGGUCUUUGUUUUGCUCUGGGUCCUUUGUAUUGUUAGUGCUGCUCUUGCUGUAACCACAGAAGACGUUUCACGCUUAAUCAUUCAUGCCUUUUUCCCUGCCCCCGUGUUAAUCUUCUGUUUAGCUGGAACUAUCAAAGCCCUGCCGGCUGCCACAUCAGUGUCCAUUGAAGAAAAGCGAAGAAUUGUGGGAACUUUGGUUUUGUUGCUAUUUAACUACUUUCUGAUAAACCUACCUGCAGUUAAUCUAUCAAUAUAUCUAUCUGGCAACACUGACCAAUAUUGCAUUGCAUUCCUAAUUUUUUUUCUUUUCAAUCACUUUGUAGACUUUACCCUGUUUAUUUUCAUGCAGAACGGGCCCAUUGACAAGCUGCUGGCAUGUAUGUACUGCUGCAGUUUCGCUGCAGCAGAUAUCAGCAGCAGAUCAUCAGUGUGACUGAUGGUAGCACAGGGAGUUGGGUUCAUGCAUUCAGAGACAAAGAGAGAACGGGAUGGGGACUCACAUGAAGGUAGAGCUUAGAGAUUUGAGUGAAUUAAGCAAACACCAUCAUCUGCAAAUGGACAUCGGACAGCUCCAGGAUUUUAGAACUGCUGUUCUCAGUUGAAGCAUCUUUGGCUAUUGACCACCUGGCAUCCAGUUCUCAGUCAAUCUGAACCCGCCUAACAGGAAGCAUUGUUUUAUUGGAAUGAAUGAAUUCUCCUGUACUCUUAAAAAAUAGUCCUUUAUUAAUGUUACAUUUACAUUUCAGCCUUUUUUGUCCUUUUUUGAGUUUUGUGUUCCUCACAAUAACAUUUGUGUUUCCUCUGAUCUACUAGUUAUGAUUCCAUUAUGUAAAACUAGUAAUAUGAAAUAUGUACCUGCAUAUGUGCUUUGGCUGUGUUGGUUACCUGAAUAUAGUGAUUCAAUGUUGAGACUUUGUUUUGAAAACUUCUUUUACAUGUUGGAUUAAAAAAAUUACAAGAAAAAAAAAA